UUUUUAAUUAGGUUUCUUCAAUUUAAUCUAAAUUUCUGCAUCUUUAGGCCUCUCAUAAUCUCAUUACUAAAUUACCUAAAAUUGAGGCCUAAAGAACUUUCUUACCAACUUAUAGGCCUUUUUACUCAUUUACUCUUUUUUUUGGUCUAUAAGCUUUUUAUCCUAUUUUUCACACAUUUAUAUUAUGGUUUAAUUACCCAAGUUUAAGUUUGAGGUCCUUUUUGAAUAAAUAUAUUUAAUUUAUUUGUUCUUAUUCUAUUGUUUGGUAUUCCUCCAAUUGCCGUCCUUAGGCAUUAUUUCUAGCUCGCCAAUAGAGCUUUGGUUCCAUCCACUCGCCCUCGAGAGCGGAUCAUCUUUGAAGAAUUGAGGGGACCUACCCGGGACAAUCUAAUUCAAUCCCGACAACAAUUUGCGGUUUCACACCUGUCGCGCCGCAACCCCGUUUUCGUUUCUUCAGCGACAAACUUUAUGGUGCCACGACCCGGGACCCCCUUCUUCUCUUCAUUCAUUUUCUCAAUUAAAUUUAAAUAAUUUUUUCUUCUGUUUAAUCUCCCUACAGGCAAAUCUACACAACACUUCUCAACCACCCAAAUCUACAUCUUCACACAACACUUCAAUCGACUCUUCAAACUCCUCAGCCACCUCAUCACUUCCAUAACAAUUCUACAUUCAACACUACUCUUCUAUCAAUCGUCACUUCAUUCCUACAAAUCAACUCUAUUUCUACCAAAAUGUCAUCAGGACCAAUCCGUCAAAUGAUCGGCCCAAUUAUCAAGCUCCUCAAGAAUUACAUCAAUGAAGCACAAAAUAUCAUCACGUCGCCACAGGAUCUACUAGAAGAGAACCAGCUACAACGUCUCCGCACACUCCGCAAACAGUUGAGCUGCAAUACCGUAAGAAUUGAAGGUUUAAAUCGGGAGUGGUUAGAAUUUAUGGGAAAAAUCGACCCGGAAAACCUACGGAUAAUGACCCCCUUUAUCGUCAUUUCACCGAAUGGGUUGCCGAUGCCCAGGCAAUGGUCUUCACUAUCGACGACAUAGUCGAGCGGGAUAGCACAUCGGGAAAUCUACAGUCAAGGGCAAGGUCCCGUAGUGCUUCUCUCCAUUCCGGACAAUCACAGAAUUCCCAGCGGCCACUCGCACAGGAUUUACCGCGCAAUCCGGCUUACGACUCGUUCAAA